AGCGGAAAGAGAUCAGUUGGUUUAUACUAACUCGUGAAAAAGACAUUGUAUAUUGGAAUAUUGGACUUUGAAUGAUGCGUGCGUAACGACCCUGCCAAUAUUUGUUCAGGAUUCAGAAGCGUCACUAUGACUGACGACAUUUUAGACUUUGAAAGUAAGAAAAAAAAGAAGACAAAGCCUUCUGUACAGGAUCUUAAAGACGAACCCGAUAUUCUGGGAAACCAGGAUAUUCUUGACUUUGGUUCGAAGAAGAAGAAAAAAGAUAAACUGUUAAGCUUGGAUGACAUUGGUGACACAGGGGACGCACAUAAGGAGCCAGAAUUGCGUGAGAGGGACUCAACAGAAAACGGAGUCAAGGAACUCGCUGAAAAGCUGACCGAUGAGCUACACUUCUCGGAUAAAAAGAAAAAGCGAAAACUCAAACCCAUUGUAGUAGAUGAAAACUAUAUUUCCGAGUCGAACACCACAUCUGAACUAAUCGUCAAGGAUUCAUCGGGUUAUGAUUAUGAGAUGUUGUUAACACGAGUCUUUGCUCAGCUGGGUGAUUUGAAUCCUGAACUUGUAUCAGAUCAGAAAAGAAAGCUCGUAAUGGUUCCCCCUCAAAUGGCUCGUGUUGGAACGAAGAAGACUCUUUUUGUAAAUUUUUCAACUAUUUGUCGUUCUUUAAACAGAGACCAAUCUCAUCUCACCACAUACAUACUAACUGAAUUAGGUACUCAAGGUUCGGUGGAUGCUAAUGGUGCAUUACUUAUUCGCGGACGUUAUACAAGUAAACAUAUGGAGCCUGUGCUAAGAAACUACUGUAGAACCUACGUGUUAUGUGGUACCUGCCAGUCUUCUGAAACAGAUUUGUGCAAAGACUCUAGACUUCUGUUCCUCCACUGUCGACGAUGUGGGUCUCGGUUUACAGUAAAAACAGUAACUUCCGGGUUCCAAGCACUGACAGGAAAACGUGCCGCCUUACGCGCAAAAACACAAUAACCUUAUACUAACUGUUGCAAGUUUUCUACUUCAUUAAACUUGAAUUGCAUAUCUUUGAAAUAAAGCAAUAUUUUAUCUCUA